UUCACGUGAAGUUGGAAAGAGAGAACAUUAAAACAGAUUGCAAUUAUUAAGAGGUAUUACCAGAGAAGCAAGAUGGGCUGCAUUGGUCUUAUCAAUUUAACAAGUAUCAAUAUUAAUCGGCCGGUGCUUACAAAAUCAGCAAACAAACCCUACAUCACAAGAGGACCAUCGAUGGCUGCGAUUCGAGCUGAGUCAACGGCUACUGAGAAUUUAGGGAUCUUUAUUGAAAAGAAUCCUCCAGAGUCCAAACUCACCCAACUCGGUGUUCGUAACUGGCCCAAGUGGGGUUGUCCUCCAAGUAAGUUUCCAUGGACUUACGAUGCAACAGAGACUUGUUUUCUGCUAGAGGGGAAAGUGAAAGUGUACCCUGAUGGGUCCGAUGAAGGCGUAGAGAUUGAAGCAGGCGACUUUGUUGUUUUCCCUAAAGGAAUGAGUUGCACUUGGGACGUCUCUGUUGCUGUUGAUAAACACUACAAAUUUGAGUGAAUGGCUAUCAGUUUCUGUGACAAUGUUUGAUAUACUCGUAACUCUUUGUAUGUUGAUGGAAACUUUAUUUUGUGUGUCAUGUAUCUAUCUAUGCAUUGCUGGAAUUUAAUUGCUUCGAUAUCUA